GCAGUUUAACGUUAACAAAACUGUCAUGAAGGGGCAGGGAACUCGCAAACCGAAGAACCCGUUGUCCGCCUCGAGCUUUUUGCCGCUUUCCCACCUCCGCCGCUCACCCCCCAAAAAGUUUCAAUUCUGAGAUGCCCUAAUUCCGCCUCAUUCUUGCAUUCAUCGAAUUCAAUUCAUCGCCGAGGAGAUUAGGGGUAUGCAUCUCGUUUUGCGCCAUAGGUAAUAUCUGGUCAUUAAAGGAGCAGAAAUGUUCUAGGAUAUUCUGCAAGUUUUUGGAGCUCAAGGGGAUCAUUUAAACUGACUGACUAAACAAGUUCUUCUGCUCAAGGGAAGGCAGCUAUAACGAAUCGGGGAAUUACCCCGAUUCCAUCAGUUUCAACUGUAGAAGAUUAUACCUCACUAGUGUGGAAGGUUUCCAAGUGAUAAGUAAUCCUCACAUAACAAUAUGGCUAGUAUUCAAGAUAUUAGCACAUCGGCAGCUAUCAAUCUUUUAUCUGCAUUGGCAUUUCUUCUGGCAUUUGCAUUUUUAAGACUCCAACCAAUCAAUGAUAGAGUAUAUUUCCCAAAAUGGUACAAGAAGGGUAUAAGAUCGAGCCCAAGGGGUUCUGGACCUAUAGUGAACAAGUUCGUUAACUUAGACUACAGAACCUAUUUAAAGUUCUGGACUUGGAUGCCUGCAGCACUAAGAAUGCCAGAGCCUGAGCUGAUAGAGCAUGCGGGGCUCGAUUCUGCUGUGUAUAUAAGAAUUUACCUUCUUGGAUUGAAGAUCUUUGUCCCUAUUGCUCUGCUUGCUUUUGCCGUAUUGGUGCCAGUCAAUUGGACUGGCCAAACACUAGAUGAUGUCAAAGAUUUAACAUACAGCGACAUUGACAAGCUCUCGAUAUCCAAUGUUCCUGCAGGAUCUUUAAGGUUUAUCGCACACAUAGUUAUGGCAUAUAUAGUCACGUUGUGGACAUGCUAUGUCCUUUACAAGGAAUACGAAAUCAUAACUAACAAGAGGUUGCACUUCCUAGCCUCUGAAAGUCGUCGUCCAGAUCAAUUCACUGUCCUUGUGAGAAAUGUUCCUCCAGAUCUUGAUGAGUCAGUUAGCGAGCAUGUGGGGCAUUUCUUUUGCGUAAACCAUCCUAAUCACUAUCUCAUGCAUCAGGUCAUAUACAAUGCAAACAAGCUUGCCAGUUUGGUUGAGAAGAAGAAGAGUUUACUCAACUGGCGAACUUAUUAUGAAACAAGAUAUGAAAGAAACCCCAAAAACAGACCAAUGACAAAGACAGGUUUUUGGGGCCUUUGCGGAGAAUCUGUGGAUGCCAUUGAUUACUACACGGCAGAAAUCAAGAAGACAGUUGAAGAAGAAGCUGCAGAAAGGGAAAAGGUCGUAAGUGACCCAAAGGCCAUAGUUCCUGCAGCAUUUGUUUCAUUUAAGUCCCGUUGGGCAGCAGCUGUUUGCGCUCAAACUCAACAAGCAAGCAAUCCAACUAUUUGGUUGACAGAAUGGGCCCCUGAACCACGUGAUGUUUACUGGGAUAAUCUUGCAAUACCCUAUGUUGAGCUUAAUAUAAGAAAACUGCUCAUGGGUGUUGCUAUGUUCUUUCUCACAUUCUUUUUCAUGAUACCUAUUGCAUUUGUACAAUCCUUGGCAAGUAUAGAUGGUAUCACAAAGGUUCUUCCGUUCCUGAAACCAUUGAUUCAAAUGAAAAAGGUCAAGUCUAUUAUUCAAGGUUUUCUUCCUGGUAUAGCGCUUAAGAUCUUUCUGGCGAUUCUUCCAACAAUUCUCAUGAUGAUGUCCAAAAUAGAAGGACUUAGAUCUCUUUCAUCUCUGGACAGAAGAUCAGCUGCAAAAUAUCAUUUGUUUUUACUCAUAAAUGUCUUCCUUGGAAGUCUCAUCACCGGAGCAGCAUUCCAGCAGCUCCAUAAGUUCCUCAACCAAUCCCCAUCAGAGAUUCCAAUAACAGUGGGUGUUGCCAUUCCAAUGAAAGGCACUUUCUUUAUUACUUAUAUUAUGGUUGAUGGUUGGGCGGGGAUCGCUGCAGAGAUCCUCAGAUUGGUUCCUCUAAUCCUGUUCCACCUCAAAAAUACAUUCUUGGUUAAGACAGAACAGGACAGGGAUCAGGCAAUGGAUCCUGGCUGCAUAACUUUUGCCUCAUCAGAACCUCGCAUACAACUAUAUUUCUUGCUGGGACUUGUUUAUGCAGUGGUCACACCAUUUGUUUUACCUUUCAUCAUUAUCUUCUUCGCCUUUGCCUAUGUGGUCUUUCGCCAUCAGAUCAUCAAUGUAUAUGAUCAGAAUUAUGAGAGUGCGGCUGCAUUUUGGCCAGAUGUGCAUCGUCGUGUCGUUAUAGGUCUAGUAAUUUCACAAUUACUGUUGAUGGGACUGCUGAGCACAAAGAGUAUAGCAAAAUCAACUCCAGUGUUGCUCAUACUUCCCGUCUUGACCAUCUGGUUUCAUCGAUUUUGCAAGGGCCGAUUUGAGUCAGCCUUUGUUAAGUUCCCACUUCAGGAUGCAGUGGUGAAGGACACAUUAGAAAGGGCUACAGAGCCGAACCUAAACUUGAAAGCUUAUCUACAGGAUGCUUAUGUACACCCGGUGUUCAGAACCAUUGAGAUUGAGAAAGCAGCAGCUGUUGAUGAGGAGGAGAACAACCCGCUUGUCGAAACCAAGAGAAAUUCGCGCAUGAGUAAAAGUGCUUCUACUGCUAGUGGCAUCACUCCUGAAGCUGCAACAAAAGAUGCCGCUAGACAUAUAUGAGGUUUAACCAUGGCACUUUGCUUGUGCUUCCUUAUGCCAAGUCCCUGGAUUAGAAUGUCAAUAUUAGUGACAUGGUAUUGGAUUAUAUGUUUCCCAGAAGAUUAGACAAAGUCAAGAUUGGGAAAUACACUAGCUUUCCAAUGGUCACUCUGUAUUUAUGACAAUGAUAAGGCCUCAUGUAUAAUAUAUUCUUCCUACACAUACUCA